CCAAACCUCGUCGACAUAAUCCCCGCCAUGGAUCGCAUAGACGGCCAGCUAUCAACGGACGUGCUCAACCACAAGUACCGGCCAUCCGUUCGUGUCGCUGCGGCACUCGGGAAGAAGACUUUGAACAAGUAUUACGAUUGGACGGACAGGAGUGAGCUCUACAGGAUUGCUAUGAUCCUCCAUCCCGGGCAUAAGCUCGAGUACUUCCGGGACAACAAGUGGAGUGACGAGUGGAUUGAUGCUGCCAAGGAUAUCACUCGAGACGAAUAUGAACGUACGUAUGCUGGCCAUGUUCGUCCGGUCAAACCCCAG